AUGUAUGAAAAUUCUAAUGAUUAUUCCUCAGUGUUAAACGAAACAAAAACUUCUCAAGAAUACGCAUUCGAUUGGUCAGUUUUGAUUGAUGCAGAUCUUGAAUUUAUUAAUCCGGAAGUAAAGAAAAAAUCCCACAUUCAUUGUGUCUUUUCGCGUGUCUACAUUGACGAUAUGGAUCUGUUACGUCAAGGCGAUGAUGAAGGUGAAUUUGUUGCUGAUGAAAGUGAAUCAAAAGAGGAUUUAUUAGAAGAGCAAAUUCAAGAAGUUUCAACAAAUAUGCAAAAGGACGAAGAUGUCGUCAAAAAAGAAAAAUCACAAAAUGAAAUUGAUUGUUCAAAUGCUGAAAAUGUUCGUAGUUUUGGAUUCGCAACUGGCUUUGAUUUAAAUGGAGAAACUUAUAAGAAAAAAAUUAAUGGUAGUGAAGAUGGAAGUGAAAGUAGUAAAUUCAGUGCUGGAAUUCUUGAUUUUGCGAAAUUUUGGCAAAAUGAAGACUGCAAAAGAUUUUCAGGAUUUGAAGGGAAAAAACGGAAAAAAGCAAAGGCAAGAACAUCAUCAUCUUUAUCGGCAACUACAAGUUCUUUACAAAUAUCUGGCACAGCUAGUAAAGUAGAAUCAAAUACUUCUUUAAUUGAAGGUUCAGAAGAUUCUUUGUCAAUAAAUAUUUCUAUGGAAAAAUUGAAUUUUGAGGAUAAAUUAAACUUUGAUUUUGCUUUUGAUCCAAAACGAGAUAGAAAAUUGGUUGCUAAAAGGGCUCGCAAAUAUUUUUCUGAUGAUAAGGAAAUGAUGAAAUAUUGGUUUCAACGUUAUCGUUACUUUACUAAAUUGGAUGAGGGAAUUUUAUUGGAUCGUGAAGCCUGGUUUUCGGUUACACCAGAAAUGCUUGCACAACAUGUUGCUGAUCGUCUUGUCCGAAUUAGAGAUUGUAUAAUUUUGGAUGCAUUUGCUGGUUCUGGGGGAAAUUCUAUUCAAUUUGCUUUGAAGGGUGCUUUCGUUUAUGCAAUUGAUAUUGAUCCAGUGAAAUUGCGUUGUUCAGCAAGAAAUGCACAAAUUUAUGGUGCCCGCGACAGAAUAAACUUUAUUUGUGGAAAUUUUUUCCAUAUUUGCAAAUCAUUAAUUGGAGCAAGGAAAUAUAAGGAGGAAAAUAAAAUUGUUAAAAGUUCAUAUCCUUACACAACCGAUCUUUAUCCAUUUGCGAUAGAUGCUGUUUAUUUAAGCCCACCUUGGGGUGGACCUUCUUAUGCAAAAUCAGGAAAAGAAGAAUUUGAUUUACAAAAAGACAUUAUUUUAGAUGGUGUCAAAAUAUUUAAUUAUGCAAAAAAGAUCUCACAAAAUGUUGUUUAUUUUUUACCUAAAAAUACUUCUGUCGAUCAGAUUAUUGCAUUGGCAGCAUCUGACGGAGAAGUCGAAUUAGAGCAAAGUCUUUUGGGAGAAAAAGUAAAAGCAUUGCACGCUUAUUAUGGAAAAUUGGUUGCUCAUGAUUGAUUUUUGAAUUUUAAUUUUUUUUGAAAAUUUUUAAGAAAAUAAUUGAUUUAAUUUUAUCUUUUUUUGCUUUUCUUUUCAAGUAUAAUAUAUUGAAUAUGCCAAAUCAUCUCAUUUAUUAUGUAAUUUUUGCAUU